AAAUGUGACUUCCAAAGCUAGCAACUGCAUAAUCGAAAAAGAUGAAUUUUUAGCAUGAUAAGUUGAAAAUGAUAACAACUUGCUUAUUUUUUAAUUAUUUCCGAGAGAAGAAUGCAGAAAAUUUAUUAUCAUCAUUGAAGUAUGUAACAUAGUAAUGAGGAUAUUCUACAAUUUGUUUAUCAAGAGUGCUUUUUGUGCACCACAACUUAAAACCCAGGGUGAUCAAAGAAACUUAGCCAGUGAUCGGUCACCCAAUGACUCGGACAAUAAUGCAGUAGCCUCUAUAGCACAGGGACAGGAAACUAGUGAAGACCAAAUAGAUAGGACUGAAGACAGGAAAAAGUUCCAUCGGUAUCUUCGUUCAUCUGUAUUAUCUUUCACAGCUGUCGGGUGUUUUGUGACACCUUUCACAAAGACAUUUCUGGUGCGGAUUGUGGAAAACAGAGUUCCAUUUGCAAUGUCAUUUUACCUCCUAGGAACAAUAUUUUAUAUACAGUCCCUGUACAGCUAUUUUGGAAUUAAACACCCACCUCUUCGACUCCUAUACGAGGACCCAAAGGAAUAUAAUAGAAUGGACAAUGAGAAUAUUAAACUGUUGUGUAGGAACAUUGGAUAUGCCUUUAUUAGUUUAUAUCAAAGAAUGACUAAGAAGCAAGAAAAAUUAGAAAAUGAACUUGAGAGGAAAUGAUUGAUUUUUUAUAUCUGUUUUAAUUGAUUAAAAAACUUACUUAAAAAAAUAAAUAAGA